AUGAAGACCAUCGGCAUCUGCAUUCCUACCAUUGAGGGCGGCGUCGUCUGCCACCAAGAAAUCGGUCGUGAGGCUAUGCGGCGGGGUAUCCCCUAUCCUCCCAUUGUCACACAUACUCCACUCUAUGAGGGGAUAAAGAAUGCCGUCAAAACAGAUAACUUCGAUGCCCUCUCCACAGUGCUGAGUGACUCGGUCAACAGUACGGCCAAAGCCGGUGCUGACUUUGCUAUCAUUCCUUCAAACACUCCACAUGUUGUGUUCCCUGAGACCCUGGCCAAGUCAAUUAUCCCGGUUCUCAGUAUCCUGGAAGUCACGGCCGACCACUGCGUGAGGCAGGGCUACAAGCGAGUUGGCAUUCUCGGCACAUCUUCGACCGUCAGAAGGCGUCUCUAUGAUGAACCUCUUGACAGGAGAGGCAUAAGUACGGUCUAUGUUCCUGACGCGGAACAGGACCUUGUCCAUGAUGUUAUUCAAAACGAGUUGAUCAAGGGCAUCUUUACCGAUCAGACGCGCGAUGACCUCGUCCUUGUCGCAAAGCAGCUAGCGCCACAUUGUGAUGCCAUUGUCUUGGGUUGUACAGAGCUUCCCCUCAUUCUGAACGAAGGAAACUGCCAGAUUAAGGUUGUGGACACUACACGAAUCCUGUCGCACGCAGCACUGGACCUUGCGAUCAAGGAAUAA